CUCUCUAUGUUAUGUCUUCUCUGUUUCAAUGUUCUUAUACAUAUAUAUAUACAUACAUAUAUAUACAUAUAUACACAAUAGGAAAUCUGUGUUCAAAUAGAUUUUUAAUACCAAAAGUCAUUAUUUGGAACAAACAAAGUUGAAAUAGAUUUUGAACACAGAUGUGCAACACAUAUUUUUGAACACAUUUUCAACAUAGAUUUUGAGUACGUCAGAGCUCAAUCUGUUUUUUGGAAAGUCAAUCUGUUAUUUUGUUUUGCAAUUUGUUUGGAAACUUAUGUUUUUCAAUCUUUUUUUUUUGUUUGGAAAUUGUAAUCAAAUUGAAAUACCAGAGCUUGCAUCAUUAAUUAAUUUUUAGAAGAAAAAAUAUAUAUAUUGAAAGGGUACUCCAGAGCUGUUUUUUAAUACCAAAAAAAUUGCUUUUCAAAAGCAAAAGUCAUUUUGUUUUUAGACUUGCAUUGUUGAUGAAUAUUGGACUGUAAUUUUUGAAUGAGUAGAAAUGGAGAUUGAUUCAAAUAGUGGUGAGAAUCUUUUAUUAAAUGAGUGAAGAAGUUGAGGAACCUAUGAGGGGUAUGUGUUUUAGCUCAAAGUAAGAAGUGUACACAUUUUAUGCUAAAUAUGCUAAACAUGUUGGAUUUUUCAUAGCUUAUAAAACACAAGUUUGUGGCGAUGAUGGGGAAUUAAGAUAUUUUGGGAUUGAAUGUUCUCGAUCGGGAAAGAGAACCAAAAAAUCAAAAGUAAACCCUCUAAAGCCAUCUCUGUCCGCAAAAAUUGAUUGCAAAAGCAAGGGUACGAGCGAUCUUACAAAAGAAUAUGAGGUUUAUGUUAACCACAAUUAACUUUGACCAUAAUCAUGACUUGAUUCCCACCGACUCACGUCAUUUUGCAAUGAAUAAGAAAAUUCUUACUCCUGUGAAGCGAAGAUUAAAAUUAAUGAUCAAGCAGGGAUUGGGGUGUCUAGGAAUUAUAACUCAAUGGUUGUUGAAGCUGGAGGUUAUGAGUCAUUAACAUUUGAUGAGUGAGAUACAAGGAAUUACAUUGACAGUGCAAAAAGAUUGAGGCUUGGAGAAAGAGAUGCCGAUGCACUUCAAAAAUAUUUUUUGAGGAUGCACGCUCAAAAUUCGAGUUUCUAUUACAUGAUUGAUGUUGAUACUGAUUUUCGCAUUAGAAACUUGUUUUGGGUAGAUGUAAUGAAUCGGUCGGCUUAUGAAGAAUUUGGAAAUAUUGUUUCGUUUGACACAACUUAUCUUACUAACAAAUAUAAUAUGCCAUUUGCUCCAUGUGUAGGAGUUAACCACCAUGGACAGUUGAUUUUGCUUGGUUGUCGGUUGUUAUCUAGUGAAGACAUUGAUAUAUUUGUUUGGUUAUUCAAAUCAUGGUUAAAUUGUAUGUCAAAUUAUCCUCCAAAAGCUAUAAUAACUGAUCAAUGCAAAGCUAUGCAAAAUGCUAUAGAAAUUGUCUUCCCAAAUACUCGACAUCGAUGGUGUUUAUGGCAUAUAAUGAAGAAAAUUUCGGAGAAAGUGAAAGGCUAUUCCCAAUAUGAAUCUAUGAAGUUGGCUUUACAAAAUGCAGUGUAUGACACUUUCACAAAAGAUGAAUUUGAGAUGAGAUAGAAAUAGAUGAUUGCAAAAUUUAAUCUUUAUGAGAAUCAAUGGUUGGGAGUAUUAUAUGAUGAGCGACAUCGAUGGGUUCCGUUUUAUGUGAAAGACAUUUUUUGGCCUGACAUGUCAACUACACAAUGAAGUGAGAGCAUGAAUACCUUUUUUGAUGGAUAUGUCAACCCGAAGACUACAUUAAAGCAAUUUGUUGAACAAUAUGAAAAUGCCUUCAGAAAUGAGGUAGAGAAAGAAAAGAAAGCUAACUUCAAGUUUCGACAAAAAGUGUUUGAUUGCCUAACUGUGUAUGGUUUUGAAAAACAAUUUCAAGAUGCCUACACCAAUGCAAAAUUCAAAGAAGUGCAAGCAGAGAUGAAGAGACUACUUUAUUGUCAGUCAUGUCUUGUGAAAGAGGAGGGUUCAAUUUGCACAUACUUUGUGAAGGAAGCCGUGGUAGUUUUGGGAAGAUGAAGCAUGUGGACUUUAUUGUGUAUUAUAAUUCGACUGAAGUUGAUGUUCAAUGUAUGUGUCGCUUGUUUGAAUUUAGGGGUAUCAUAUAUGCUCACUCACUCGUUAUGCUCAUUGCAAGAUGCAUAAAUGAGGAUCCAAAUAAAUUCAUUCUACCACGAUGGAGAAAAGAUUUGGAUAGAAGGUACACAUGCAUCAAAACCACAUACACUGGCUUUGUGGAUGAUUUCAAUGCAAUGGUUUAUGAUAAGAUGAACAAAAAAUUGAUUGGCAUUGUACAAGUAGCUGGGAACUCUGAAGGCAAAAUCAAAAUUAUCGACCGUGAGUUGGAUGAAAUGAAGGCAAGAGUGAUGAAAGAUGAUGAAGGUGAUGGGAGUAAUGUACCAGCUUCUACUAGUAAUGUGCUAUCUAUUACUAAUAAUGUACCAUCUUCCUUGAUUCGGAGCAUUAAUAGAAAAGCAAUCAGUAAUACGAAGUUGCUUAGUCCUUCGGUUGCUCGCCGAAAAGGUCGUACAGUUACCAAACAAAAGGUCGCCAAAGUAGAUCAAAUAGUGAAUCGGUUGAAAGCAAGCAAAACAAAACAUAACAAACCAAAGGGUACUAAGGUGCAUGGAGCUGAAGCUCAAUCUUAACCUCAACCUCAACCUAGUGCACGUAGAGAGCUUUAUCCAUGUAUCGUUGGCAUGCAAAUUAGUAUAGAGAAAUGGUAAAUGCGAUUGGAGGCACACCCGAAAGUAUGGACAUUAUGAGAAGACAAAGUUUGAGGAUUGCUCCAACCCAGAUUUAUAGAGUCAACACAUCUUUUACCCCAUCGGAAUGUAUUGGAGGCACACCGGGAGUUAUUGACAUGAUGCAAACUCAACAAUCCAUGAGUGCUGCGAAUCAAAUUUAUGGAGCCCUACCGUCUUCUUUUGUUGACUUCAAUGUACACAUGGACUGAAAUGAGUCUCAUUUUUGUUAGUUGGAAACUUGUAAUUUUAACUUGGAGUUUAUUUUGUGGUGGGAGUAAUUUAAUGCAUCUUUAUUUGUUA